CGCUCAUCGACACGUUUUGCAGAUGCAUCAUGUCUGGAGAAAGGAAGCUGCUUACCAUGCUUAGAAAUACGGAAAUUGCUGCUAACAUGCUAUUAAAGAUAACUUCCAGUAUUCUCUUGGCCAUGAAUGUUAGCUGCAGGUUCCGGAUUUUUCUAACUGGAAGAGAUAUCAGUGAGCAGCUGCAAAAGCGUUCCGAGGCACUCCAAUAUUUUGCGCUCGCACAACACGAUCAUUUUGGGAUGCAUGAUCUUUACUUUCUUUAGUGACUAUGGCGUCAGUCUGAAGGUAGUGUUGCAAUCAUUAUCUGUUCCAUAGCUGAGUUCCUUGGCUCCUUAACUGUAGCAUAUAUCUUUUGCAUGAAGGAGAUUGGUUAAGGAUGCUUCCAAUUGUAAGAUACACUAUUUCACGAUGCAUGGAUUACCCAGGAAUCUUUCGAUCAUCUCCAAAAGACAUCUCGCUUUGUUAUAAGCACCCUCUUCUAUUGAUUCUCACCAGCAUAUGCAUAUUCGAGCGACAAUAAGAAAUCCAUUCUCUCGAAUUUUGUUCUACUUCUCCUUAUACGAGAUAAAUUUUUGCGCUACCAACAAUUGUUUGCUCUCGUGCUCCCAUUAGACUUCUUGAUUUUUCUUAUUUCUUUUUAUUUAUACAUGACGCUUAUCGGUGGCGAAGCAUACUGUAUGGUUAUUCACCGUAGUAAUAAAAGAUGUAAAUGUUACUGAGGCAAUUAAUAAACCUUAGC